CUUUCCAAUGGGUAAAAAUGUUGUCACAUGGAUCUAAAUUGAUGAUCAACUUGUCGAAGUUUUUUAUCACAAGAAGGACGCAUCCGGUGAAAGAUGAUUAAAAUUUUCAUUGUUCCGAUUGUAACGGCAAUCAUAUGACAAGAUUCAUUUAUAAAUCAAUACUAAAUGUAUUCAAAAUUAAAACUGUGGAAAUACUUGAAAUAAAUGUGAUAAUUUUUCACCGUGUACCCAUUGCUGAAAUGACAACAAACAGACUGAGUGUGGUGAGGUGAAAUUCUAGAAGGUGAAAUCGCUAAUCAAUUUUUUCCUGCAUAAACUAAAGUGAAGCCAUCAGCUGUGCCAUAAGACACAGAAGAGAAAAACGCUACGGUACGAAUUAAAAAUCUAAUUUCGGUCUCAAAUAGUCAGAAUCCUGAAGCUUGAAUACUUCUUCAUUUUCUGAUUAGAAUUUUGCUAAUUCUUGUUGCCAACGGAAAUGGGUAAAUCUGUUUUGAUUAAAAUAGAGUAAGAAUCCGCAACGAUGCCUGCGACAUUGGAUGCAAUAAAAUCUGAUCUACCAAUCACCAAGAAUGAAGAACGCUCCUUCAGUGAGGCACCUGAAAAUGGGCCAAGUGUAGUGAAAGAAGAACCUGCAAUCGACAACACUAUCGAUGAAGCUUGUAAAACGGAUACGGAUACAGCAACCGCUAGAGAAGCUGUCGCUUCUAGCUUAAGAAAGACGACUGAACUGAGAGCAAACCCUACUGAUGAGAGCUGGCGGGAACACAAUCAUACAAGCGAAAAAAACUACAGCUGUGACAUAUGUAAGAAAGCUUUCCUCCUGAAAAGGCAACUCAAGGCCCACAAAACGCAACACAUCUCGGAUCGCCCUCAUGACGAGCGACGGUACAUAUGCAACAUCUGCGGCAAGGAAUACCAAUCCACAAGUAAAUUGACUGAUCAUAAGAAGUACCACCAAUCCGCUGAGGAUGCACUACACAGGUGCGACAUUUGUGGAAAAGGUUUCGUUUAUCGUUCUUCCCUUUUAAAUCAUAUGCACACUCACAGUGACACGCGACAGUACAGGUGCGACAUCUGCGGCAAAGAUUACAAAUUAGCAACUAGUCUGAAUUCACAUAAAAAGUAUCACACAUCCCAUGAGGAUAACCUGCACAAGUGCCCCAUUUGCGAGAAAGGUUUCGUGCAUCGCCGCAUACUCGUACAACAUAUGAACACUCACAGUAACGAGCGACGGUUUGAGUGCGAUAUCUGCGGCAAGGAAUACAAAUCAGCAAACUAUCUGAAAGAACACAAGAAGUAUCACACGUCCGGUGAGGUUGAACUGCACAAAUGCGAAUUUUGUGGAAAAGGCUUCGUACAUCGCAAUGCGCUUCUAGAUCAUGUGCAUACGCACAGUGCCGAGCGUCGGUACAAAUGUGACAACUGCAGCAAGGAUUACAAGACGAGGGGAGCUCUCUACCAGCACAGAAAAGUACACAACGGCGAGCAAUCGUUCAAGUGUGACAAAUGCGGCGAAACGUUCAAAUCCGCUUAUAAGCUACGGAAACAUGUAACAAAUCAUUCAGAGGAAAUAUUUAUCAAAAUAUCUCAUGAGGAUGAACUGCAUAAAUGCGCUAUUUGCGGGAAAGGUUUCGUGUAUCGCUACGCACUCGUAGCACACGUGGACACUCACAGUGAUGAGCGCCGGUACAAGUGCGACAUCUGCGGCAAGCAGUACAAGACAAAAGAUUUUCUAAACAAGCAUAGAAAAUCACACAACGGUAAACAAUCUUGCGAGCAAUCCUUCAAGUGCGAUGAAUAUAAAAUUUUUGAAGUCGAUCAGCAGUAUAAAUUCAUGCAACAAAUGAAAAGAAACGUGAUAAUUUUCUACAGUGUACCCAAUUUUAAAAUAAAAACAAACACACUGAGUAUGAUAGAUUCCCUCUGGGUGAAACAGUUCUGUCGGUUGAUUGCUAGAGUUUUUAUAACUCGUGUAAGUGCUUUUGUGCGAAUGGAGUUGGGAGAAUCUGUUUUGAUAAAAAUGGAGGAAGAAUCCGGAACGAUAAAAGUGGAAGAGAUUACGAUAUUCGACACUCUGUUGGAUGUUAUAGAAGCUGAUCUAUCGAUCACCAAGGAGGAAACGGCACCAAUAUAUGGGUCAAGCGUAAUAAUAGAUAAAUCAGCAAUUGACAAUACUAUUCAUAAAUCCGGCAAAAAGAAAACUACUGUAGCAGCUGAUGGUGAAAUUGCCACUUCUAGCCCAAGCGUAACGCAUGAAUUGGAACCGAGUCCUACUGAUGGCAGCCAACGGAAACACAUUUGCAACAUUUGUGGUAAGGAGUUAAAAACAAAGCCAAUUCUCUGUCAGCACAUGAAAACACAUAAUGACGAACAAUCGUUUAUAUUUGACGAAAGCAGCGAAACGUUAAGCACAUCCCGCAAGUUUAAUAACCAUAAUAGGCAUCAUACAGAGAAAAAUAAAUACAAGUGCGAUAUAUGUGAGAAAACUUUCCUCUUGAAAACACAAAUCAGAAUUCACAUGAGGCAACACACGAAGAAUCGCGCCCAUAAAUGUCUCAUUUGCGGAAAGGGGUUUAUCUACAAAUCGCAACUCAAAAGGCAUACGCUGUUCCACAGUGACGAGCGCCGGUACAGAUGCGACAUCUGCGGCAAGGAUUACAAAUCAGUAUAUAAGCUUAAUGAGCAUACAAAGUAUCACACAUCCGUCGAGGAUGAUUCGCACAGAUGCAACCUUUGCGGGAAAGUCUUCGGUUGUCGCUCUUACCUUUUAAGACAUAGGCACACUCACAGUGAGGAACAACGACACAAAUGCGACAUCUGCGGAAAAGAUUUCAAAUUACUACUUUAUCUGAAUAUGCACAGAAAGUAUCACACAAUCCUUGAGAAUGAUUUGCACAAAUGUCCCUUUUGCGGGAAAGGUUUCGUGUAUCACAGCACACUUUCAGAACAUUUGAACACCCACAGUGACGUGCGUUGCAGAUGCGAUAUCUGCGGCAAAGAUUACCAGACAGCGAGGAGUCUGAACUAUCACAUGAAGAAUCACAUAACCAGAAAGGAUGAACAGCACAAAUGCACCAUUUGUGGGAAAGGCUUCGUGCGUCGCUACGCGCUCAAACAGCAUCUGGAAACGCAUAGUGACGAACUACGGUACAAGUGUGAAAUCUGCGGCAAGCAGUACAAAAGCAGAGGAGGACUCCAUCCGCACAAAAAAGCACAUGACGGCAAACAAUCGGGACGAAUUCAGCCAAACGUUCAAAGUUUUUGCUUCCCGGAUAAAUGAUAUAAUUCCACGAGGCACAUGUCAAAGCGCUGAGCAACUAUUCACUUGCGACGUCUAAGGCAAAGUCCUCAAAUCUCUUAGUUUAUGCACGCGAAAAAAAUAUACACUUUCAGCAAAUGAAGCUUACCGUGUCAUAAAGUUAGCUCAAACUGACUUGCCAUUUCUCUGCGUAUGAUAUGUGAUACUUAAAAAUGACAUCACCAAAACUUCCGGCAUCGCUUUUGACAAAUAUUACUAUACAAAAUCGUUAUUCAGUUGCGCUGAAAUCAUGUAUGGCGAAGUGACGACAUCAACGACAUUAUCUUUAUCGUGAUUAGCUCGGCGUUUUGUGAUUAAAUUUGGAACUAGGAUAUGUUCCAUUUAUACAAGUUUCACGGGCUUCGAAUUCAUGCAACUUUGCCAUUUUACAGAUUAGAUGAGGGGCAUAGCUUGUUCAUUACAGUAGCGAACGCGUCGAGCUUGUUUUCGCAAUAGGCGGUCUGUCGGGGAUUUCGCGCGCACUCUCGUGGUUGUGCACAGUAUGCCUCUUCGAGUACGACGGCUUUACUUUUCAAUGAUCGCAUGGUGUAACAGUGAGAUGUUCGGGAGGUCUUAGAGAAUCCGUCCGAGUUGUUUUCUAUUGAGCACCAACUCUCGAAAAUUAUAUUACAAGAGCAAAACGCGUUGUAGAUCUUAUGUCCUCUAAAAUUGCGGUCGGCUUACAGUUUCCGAAUAAAGCUUAACGUCUUACGAAAUAAAGCUACUCAUUGAUUCGUGAAUGGGUAAAUUAAGGUGUUCAUGAGCAGAAACGCAUAGAGUCGUACGAUACGUAAGGUAACUGAAAUUACUUAACCUCCACGAUUCGCUUGUAUUCCGUCACUGCAAAUAUGAUAAGGUUUCAAACAUGUUGGCACCUGGCGCGCUUUCGUGAGUUCAUAUAUCGAAGAUCGCAUCACUAACCUCGGGAAAGUGCGUGCACGUCGGGUUCAAAAUUGGAAGAGUCGGUCAGUUCCUCUAUUAGUACAAAACUCGUUAUUCCCGUCGUACUCCUAAAAUCCUCAAUCAAUGAAACAAAACGUCUUAGAUACAUAAAAGAUAGGUUCGUGAGUGCCCAUAAAUACCGCCAAGAAUUUUAUCGUAUGUAGAAAAGAAACGCGACAGACAACUAACACAAAAUUCCUAUACCCGUGGUGCUUGUGGAGUGUGCAGGAGUAUAUCCGGCCUCUAGUAACAACAAGUAUCGAACUAACACCCCUUUCCUUCCUUCCUUUGAUCUACGUUCUGGACCGGCAGGCGUCGGUACUGAUCAGCAUGCAGGGGUUAUUGGAGAUGCACAUCGAAAAGCUCAAUCCCAAGCAGUAAUCACUAAAUUCGAUUUACAACUCCAAUCGAUCCUGGUCAGUAACGAAGUGGCAACCGGUGGUGAUCAAUCAAGCUCAAGCAAGCAAGCGAAAAAAAAUAUACACUUUCAUCAAUGAUCGAUCCUUCCAGUGUGAUACCUGUGAUUGUACAUACGUGUCGCCCAGCGGUUUAUCCUUGCACCGAAAAAGUACGAUUGAUCGAUCGUAAUGCCCGAUUUGGUGAAAGAUAAUUGAAAAAAUUGUAAAACUUUGACUAAACACUAGUUUUUAGAACAACCUCUGCAAUAUAUAACAUAAAAGACUUAGAAAGAGUUGUGUGUUUUGUUAAAGUAGAAUAUACCAAUUCAAUUCGAAAACUCACUGAUUUUCAAGAGGUGCUUCGCAGGAAAGUACACAUGACUCUGGUUCAAGUUUACUAUGAAGGCCGUACGCAAACGUAUGGGUCAGCAUCAAGGAGUGUGAAUUUUUACGGGAGUCCUAUAAUAGGACCGCAUUCACUUCAUUCUGAUUUCACCGUGAAGUGACUCGUAAUAAGUAUCAUUAUAUUGAUAUAAAUGCAUGAGACAAGUGUGAAAUAACGUGAUAUUUUUUACCGUGUAUCCAUUUCUUAAAUUGAAAUCCAGUGUGGUUGAACUGACGUAACGGACGUAACAGCAAACAGAUGUGCCCCAAAACAUUUCUGGUGACUGGAAUGACAACCAAACCCACAAGAAAAAAAGAAUAAACCGCUGCGGUACAAGAUAACAAACAAAUCUCGGUUAUCGAGACCAUCUAAAGGGGAAAAUAAGAACUCUGACGCUUGAUUCGGGUUAUUCGCGUUGAAAGAGAUUUUGAAGGCUGUUCGCACCUACGUGAACACUCAUAUGUAAUUCUAGAGAAACAUUUCAAAAGGUCUUAUCUGCUUUUACCGAUUUUUUGAUCGAUCACUUUCAUUCAAUUACCACAACUUAUAAACACCUUUUCCGGCAAGUUAUUUGCACAAGUUGAUAGCGGAAGGAUCACUAACCUUCUGAACGAAAACCACACUUGGGAGAGUUACUAAAGCUUAGCCAUUACCAAAAUGAAAUUACGCUUCGGAAAAACGAUGAAAGCAGAUAGGACCUUUUGAGAUGUUUGUCGAGAAUUGUCAAAAUGUGCGUUAUGACAA